GUAUCCUUCGGAGUUUCUAUCCACCAACAAAGGCGGCUUCCUUCCAAUUUCCCAGCUCUCAAUUCUCUGCUUGUCGCCGCACCUUCUAAAGAAUUUUUUUCAAUUUCUCUUGUUUCCGCCGCAUGCAUGAACAAAGUCCUUUUGUUCUGUUAUUCUUAGUAAUUGAUUGAUUCUUUUAACCAAAACGAAAACAGAAUCAAUUUCUUUUUUGAGAGAAAAUUUGAUGGCGCAGCGCACGGUUCAAUUAGGGAUGAAUUCUGCGGUGUAUCUCACCAAGUUUCUACCGUUCAAUUCAUCUUCCGCUAAUAGAUUUGAGUAUAGACUGAUAUCAGAGCUUGUUAGCUCUAAUGGCAAGCGCGCCUUUCUCGUUGAUACAUUGGCUCUGGUGAGAGGCUUGGAAUCGCAAGGAGUGCCUUCGAAGCAGGCUGAGGCAAUAACAGCUGCUAUCACUGAGGUGUUAAACGAUAGCUUGGAGAAUGUGGCACGUUCUUUUGUUUCCAAGGCUGAAAUGCAAAAGAGCGAAUUUAUUCAUGAAUCAAAUUUGUCAAAGUUCAAAUCUGAAGUAAAGAGUUCUCAGGAGCAUCAUUUUUCUUUAUUGCAACGUGAGACUGAAAAGCUUCGGAAUGAUAUAGAAAAAAUGCGCAGUGAGUUGAGGUAUGAAAUUGACAAGGUCACAGCUGGGCAGCGUUUGGAUUUAAAUCUUGAAAGAGGGCGCAUACGUGAUGAACUUGCUAAUCAGAGUGCAGAAACCACCAACCUUACGAACAAGCUUGACCGGGAAAUUCAGUCAUUAAGAGCACAGUUGGAAGCGGCAAAGUAUGACGUGAUUAAAUACUGCAUAGGGACCCUUGUUUCAAUAUCUGCAGUUGGGCUUGCCGUUGUCCGCAUCUUGUUGUAGAUUUUCAGUAUAUUUUAAUUCUAUUAACCUGAUUAUUGAGAUUUUAUUUAAACAAAAGUUGAUUGAUUGAAGUAAAAUAACUAUAUAAAUAGAUGAAGGGUUGGUGCAGAUUGUCCAA